GUUCAUGACUCCACCAUCCUAGAAAUAUAAGGCGCACACUAUAGAUUUUCAUGGUUAUAAAACGUGGUCGUGCGCCGCUAAGUGUACAAGACACCACUCCGCUUGCCUCCAAAUCUUUCCACCAUUGAGAUCUUUUAUAUAUAAAGCCUCAAACUUCUAUCCAUAUCCAAGACACUCAAUCCAUCUUUUUUCAUUCACCCAUGGCCAUAUAUUCUCUUAAGAAAAAGGAGAAAGUGACUGCCACCACCACUACCCCAACCGUUUCUCCCACAAUGGGCAUGGCUUGCACCAAUCCUUCUUGUUUUUUCUGUAUCAUGAAGGAACCAGACUCAUCUGUUAGGAGAGUUGGAAUCAAGAAUUGCUUCAAGGAGAUUCCCCUCACGGAUGAUCAAGAGCAUGUUUUGGUGCUGAGUGGUCUCUUCAACAUAGCCAUGACUCAACCAGAUGAUCCUGAAUUUCCUUCUCUCGGCAUCUUCCACUGUAUGGCGAGUUUGAUUAGCCGAUCCAUCACUGACAAGGAUUGGCUUCUCAGAUAUCAAAACGUUUAUAUUCCCUAUUACGCAGCUCAUGUUAUUGGUUCUUACACCAUGAACAAGGUCGAGUUCGCAGAGAAAGCUGUGGAAUCAGGUGUGAUUCCACCUUUGAUGGAGCUUCUGAGAGGAAAGCUCACCUGGGUCGAGCAAAGAGUGGCGGUUCGAGCACUGGGUCAUCUAGCUAGCUAUGAAAGAACCUUCGAAGCAGUAGCGGAAUACGAAAAAGAGGUGGUGGAGUUAGCCAUGCAGUUGGCUUCUACCUGCCUUGAGGUGGUGUAUGCAGAGUUUGUUGGGGUGAAUGAUGAGAAGGCGAGGUUGAAGUAUCACGGCGACUUGCUUACAAGAGGCAUUGGAGGGAUGGAGAUGGAGAAUCGGAAGGCGGAGGAGUGGGCUAGCCAACUUCAAUGCUGGUCUCUCUAUCUUCUAAAUUGCUUUGCCUACAAAGAGAGGGCCAUAAAUCUCAUCUGCAGGCAAGAGUUUUUGAAGGAUUUGUGUCAAAUGUGGGGCGGAUUGGUAAAUCACACUUCACCUGCAGGGGUGGGACUCAUUAGAAUUCUGUGUUACCAUAAAACUGGAAGAAAAAGCAUUGCAGAAUCUAGAGAAGUUGUGGAAAGCCUCUGCAAUCUCUCGAGAUCUUCAGAUGAUUGGCAGUAUGUGGGUGUCGAUUGUCUUCUUUUGCUUCUCAGAGACCAAGAUACAAGGUACAAAGUUAUGGAGAUUGCCAUCUUGUUUCUUGUUGACUUAGUUGAACUGAGAAGCCUAGGAGGAAGAUCAUACGUGGGUGAAGCAAUCACAAGAACCCUCCUCCUAGAUUAUAAUCAAACCAGAUCAAAGCUGAAGAACAACAAAGUUGUUCAAAGAGCACUGGAAGAAAUAUGGGUUUUGAAGUUAGAGAGGAAGAGGAGAGAGAGAAUGAUGUCUAACGAAAAAGUAGAAGAGAGAAAGGUCCUAAUUAGUCUGAUAAAACAACAAGGAAACCAGAGGUGCUGGUUAGGAGAGGUUGAAGAAGCUAUAGUCAAGUACAGUGAAGCUCUGGAGUUGUGUCCAUCAAGGAUGAGAAAAGAGAGAGUUGUACUUUACAGCAACAGGGCCCAAUGUCAUUUGCUGCUGGGAGACCCAGAUGCAGUCAUUAGAGACGCAACGCGAGCUCUUAGCCUCUCCAUACCUCCAAACUCUCACGGCAAAAGCCUCUGGAGAAGAUCACAGGCUUAUGACAUGAAAGGGUUGGCUAAAGAGAGCUUGAUGGACUGCAUAAUGUUCAUCAAUGGCUGCAUCAACUCUGAGACCACCAAGCGUGUCAAGGUCCCUUACUUCGCAGCCCGUAUGAUCAGCAAACAAAUGGAAGCCACGUGGCUAUUUUCCACUGCUCGGUCAAAGUUAUCAAGCACACAACCUAACAAAGUACAAGAAUCGGACGAUGAGGAUGAGGGUGGCAAUGACGAGCAGCAACUGGAUGACAUGAUGAGGACCAUGAUGGAGAACAAAAAUUUCAAAUCUGGUCUGUCCACCAUUAUAGAAGAACCUUUGAUCGGAAAGGGUGAGAGUAAGAGAAAGCUGGAAAGGGCAAUGCUAAGAAACAAGGCUGUCGUGCCUCCCUCGACCUAGGUCAACUGGGUUCUCCAUUAUCCACCAGCAUGUCCUGUCCUUUCCCGUGAUCAUGCUCUAUGCCUAUGUAAAACCCAGAAAAUCAUGCAUCAAAUGUAACAUAUGGAGGAACAUUUUAAGGCAUGUGAUUCUAACUU